GCAAUACAUAUGGGAUCAAAUCUCAAUGUCUACCACAACCAAUAUCAACGAUAUACUCUCUCGACCUAAACCAACGAAGAAAAAAUCAAAAUCAAACAAACAACAUAAACCUACCAUCAAAAAAACAAAUCCGAUCAGCGAACUAUCGAUUGAUCCAGAACCAACAAUUGAAGAUGAUGAAUUGCUUAAUCAACUUUUAGAUAAAAUAGAAUUAGAACAAGUUCAAACAACCAUUGAAUUAUCAGCAUCUGAAUCUAAAUCAAAUCAUCCUAAUUCAUCUCAUCAUGGAUUAACAAAUAAAAUCUUAGAUUUAAAAGAUGAAGUAGAAAAAGUAGCUCAUUCAAUAGCUUCUACUAUUACUGAACCCGCCAAACGUAGGAAUCGUCAUAAGGAUAGAUUAGCCAGACGAAAUGCAAAUGAAGAAGCUAUACGUGAUCAGGCUAGACUUGAAAUUGAUGGUCUAGGACCUGAUGGAGAUGAACGGAAAAAAGAAAUUGAUGCGAUCGAAUCGGUUUGUCAAACUCUUGGAUUAAAAAUGGUAGAGAUGAACCCAGAUGGACAUUGUUUGUUUUCCGCAAUCGCAGAUCAAUUAAACCUGAAUGGUGUACCCUUUCAGAAUUCUGAAGCUCAUACCUAUUCGACUUGUCGAACUAUGGCAGCAGAAUACAUGAGAAGACAUCCAGAUGAUUUUAUUCAUUAUUUACCUGCAGCAGAUGAUGGAAUUGAUGAAGGAUUGAUGAGUAAAGUUCAAUAUAAUCAACAUUGUGAUCAAGUUAGAGAUAGUGCUCAGUGGGGUGGAGAACCUGAAAUUCUUGCACUUUCAAAAUGUUUUAAAUUUCCAAUACACGUCAUUCAAGCUUCUACUCCCACUUUAAAAAUUGGUGAUGAAGAAUUUGCUAAGUUCAGAUCCAAUAAAUCUUUAACAAUUUCUUAUCAUCGAAAAAGUUAUGGUUUAGGAGAACAUUAUAAUUCUCUUAGACCUCGGUGAUAUGAAGAGAAGUAAGCAGUGAUCUACGUGUGUGUUCUAAAAUCAUUUCAAAAUCAACGGACCAUAAGAUUAAUGUAAUCAAGUUAAGAUCUAUAUCCUCAAAAUCUCAUCGACAAGCUCGAUCUGUAGUCUUAGAGCCGGUCUGAAAAAUAACAGAAAUCAUUUCAGAUGGAUUCCGAGAGUAGGACUUGACGUGGGAAAAGUUUGAUAACCAGUCAGAUGAUCAGGUCAUUUUCAAGCAAAAUCAACGAUCCUCAAUCAGCUUAGAUAUGGGUAUAUAGGAAUUAACCACCUUAGAAACGUAUCACCUGAAUACUUCAACCUGAUAGAAAUCUGUCUUUUUGUUCAUUUCAUCUAAAUGUAUAUCACUAAAAGUUAAAAACAAAUCAUUAUAAUUACCUGAACGUUUGAAAACUUAAUUUGAGCUCAAGAAAAAUCAUACGUAUCAGAAAAGUGGCUAUGAAGCAACCGGAUAUGAAUUCAGCUCUCGAUCCUCUACCAUGUAAUAAUUCACAUGAUAUCUUUUGUGUU